AUGGAGCCGACAGAGACCGCCUUCCUCGUCGCCGGAGACACGCCGCCGAAGAAGACGGUGCAGCUGGGCCAAGGUGAGGGCUCUGCGAAGCCCGGGUGCGGACGGGCGUUCUGGGCGAUCCUCUCGCUCGUCACCGGCAACUUGGCGUGGGGGUUGUACCGCGCGCGCCACAGCAGCGCGCAUGACCUCGCCUUCGUGAUCAUGGCCUACUACCCCACCUACUUCUGUCUCUGGGGGCUCUACGUCUGCACCAGGAGGCGCGAGCUCUUGCGCCGCGACGACGACCCGGCGGCGGCGCCCGAGAGGCGGCGUGCCAGGUUCAGAGUGUGGGCGGCCUCACUGGCGGUGGGCGCCAUGAUCGUGCUGCAGCUCGCGGGUGACACCCCGGACCUGCCGCCCAAGUUCGCCUUGACCGUGAUCGGCUGUCUCGCCAUGGCACUCGCCUGGUGCUGCAUAUACGCCGGCUACAGAGCCCGUGCGGACGCCGCUGGAAGCUGGCCGGAGAAGGAUCUUCACGAGGUGUCACCGGAGCACAGGGUUUGA